UCUGCAAACUGAGGUUAUGUGUUAAUUUUGACAACUUACAUAAUUUCAAACAAAAUGUCUCAAGAAGUUAAACCAUAUAAAUAUUUUGAUACUCCAGAUGGCUGCGACGUAUUUAGAAAAUUAUGGUGUGUUAUGAAACCUGCAACACUCACAGCUUUUGGUAUUGGAACUUUUGAUGUGUUAGCUUGGUCGCACCCCAAGGGAUAUCUCCCUACUUUCGGGCGAUACAUUUAUGUAGGAACGCCAAUUUUAGGAGCUAGCGCUACUUUUGUAUUAGUAACAAAUGGUGUUACAAGCUUACGAAAAAAAGACGAUCGGCUAAAUUGGUUCAUUGGAGGUUUUUCAGCGGGUGCCUUUGUAGGAGCUUGGAAGAAAAAUCCAAUGGUUGGAUUUAAUACAGGAAUGGUGUUUGGAAUUCUUGCUAUAUGUAGAAAAGUAUUACAAGAAAAUAAUUGGAAUGUUAUACCACCAGAUGAUAUUCCCAUAGCUAGUCAAAAUGUAUGGAAUUAUGAUUUCUCAUUAACAAGGGAUAGGCCUGGCAACUGGACAACAGGAAAAGAAUAAAAUUCAGCAAUGUUGAUAAUUUUUGAAUAAAGUGUUAGUAUUUAGAA